AUGCUGCGUGCCACUCGAUUGCUGCGGUCGCCGACGUGGACUGCGCUACCCGUUCGUGCGCGGUGCUUGAGUGUGUACACGACCAAGCAAGUCGGUGCAAAGGACACGGUCGACAGUCGUCUCGUGUACGUGAACGCAUCGACUGAGGCAGUGAUGUCUCCAUGGCAUGACAUUCCAUUGCGUCCACAUGGAGAAAACCGCUCAAACGUGUUCAACUUUGUCAACGAGAUCUCGAAAGGGACACGAGCCAAGAUGGAGAUUGCUGGCGAAGAAGCCCACAAUCCCAUCAAACAAGACGUGAAGAAGGGAAACCUGCGCUUUUACCAUUUUGACUCGCUUGUGAACUACGGGUGCAUCCCUCAGACUUGGGAAGACCCUGCGCACAUCGACCCAGCGACCCAGCACGGAGGCGACAACGAUCCCAUCGACGUGUGCGAGAUUGGAUCUCGCGUGGCUUCCGUUGGCGAUGUGUACCCAGUCAAGGUUCUUGGCGUGCUGGGGAUGAUUGACGAUGGCGAGACGGACUGGAAGGUGAUCGCGAUUGCCACAGACGACCCGCUUGCGGCCCAGCUCCACGAUUUGGACGAUCUCCAAAAGCAUGCACCGGCCACCGUCGCCGCCAUUCGCGACUGGUUCCGCGACUACAAAAUUCCGGACGGCAAACCCCCGAGUGCAUUUGCAUUUGACGGCCACGCCAAGCCUCGCGAUUUCGCCAUCCAAGUCAUCGAGCAGACCCAUGCGUCUUGGAAGCAGCUCGUCCACGAGACCAGUCACACCAAACUGUGGACGGGUACCAAGUAA